CUUCACUUCGCGGACAGGUCAAAACAAAGCUGACGUCAUUUCUGCAACUAGUACAUUUGUUUACAUUUGUAAAAAUUUGAAAGAAUGUCAGCAGAAUCGCCCCGAAAGCACAUUAGAUUUGUAAAUAAUGUUGUUAGACCACAAGGUUUUAGUGACAAAACAGUUAUGGAAAAUGUAGUUGAUUUUAUAUCAGAUGUUGUACCACAGGCCUAUAGUGGAAACCAAAAAGUUGAUGACAAAGAGAAAAUUUUGUGGAUGAGAUUUGAAAGGAGUGAUAUCAAUGAUAUAUCAAGGAAUCCAGAUUUUACAGUCGGAGAAAACAAAGGCAUUCCAUUACUGCUUAUAUUGGGGUAUAGUAAUGGAGUUCAAAUCUGGAAUAUAAUGCCAAAUGGUGAAGCACAAGAAGUAUAUUCUGUAAGACAGGGACCAGUAAGGCUACUCAGGGUGUUACCUACACCUUCUCCAGCAUAUGGUGAAAAUGAUAAAUUUGCUAGUAAAAGACCCUUGGUAGCUGUCUGUGAUACAUCAAGUGCUGGUCAGCCUUACUGUUCAGUGAAGUUUGUGUCUCUGAAGACCGGGGAUGAAGUUCACAACAUCAGUUUUAAAACAUAUCCAGUCAUUAAUAUAGAGUGCAAUAAAAGAGUGAUAGUAGUUGUUUUCAAGGAGAAGCUUUGUGUAUUUGAUGCGGCUACCUUAAAACAGAAGUUCUGGAUAACAGACUGUUUUCCUUGUACUGGCCCCAGUGAAAACCCAGUUGCUCUUGGUAGUAGAUGGCUGGCAUAUGCUGAUAAAAAAUUGGUACCAUUACAUCAGUCAUUUGGAGGGAUGUCAGGGGAUGGAGCACAGUCGUAUGCUGCUACAGUCAUCAGUGCAGCAAAGGGUGCAUUUAAAGGGUUAUCUGUGUUUAGUGAGGCUGUGGUUAGUAACUUGACUGGCAGCAAGCCCUCUACACCACCCAAGAAAGCUGACCUUAACCAGAUAGAUAAUGGAAACAGACCAGGAAUUAUAUCUAUUGUAGAUCUACAGAAUAUACAUGGGGACCAUUAUUGUGUAUCUGAAGACAUUGACGAUGACAGUUUAGUGGCACAUUUCCACGCUCAUGCUAAUGAACCUGUAUCUCACAUGUUAUUUGACCCUGCUGGGACAUUAUUACUGACUGCUUGUAAAUUAGGACAUAAUUUUCACGUGUUUAGAAUCAUGGCCCAUCCAUGUAGCUCCUCACUAGGAGCUGUACAUCAUCUAUAUACAUUACAUAGAGGGGAUACAACAGCUAAGGUUAUAGAUAUGGCCUUCAGUCAAGACAGUAGAUUAGUAACAGUUAGUACGCAUAGGGGUACAACACAUGUGUUUCCAGUAACUCCUUAUGGAGGUAGUAUAAAUGUCAGAACCCACUGUAAAGCUAGAGUUGUCAACAGAGCCAGUCGAUUUCAUAAGAGUGCUGGUAUAGAUGAUAUGGACCAUCCAAGGCCUGAAAGAGAUAGUCCAAUUCUAUCUGGUAGUCCAGGGUCUACAACAGGUGGAAACUAUGACAACUAUCCAAGCCUGAUAAGACAGAAUGCUCUUAAUAACAACAUCGAAAAUCCACGACUGCCACCAUACCCACAUGCCACACAGAUUUAUCCCUUGUCACAGAUCAAACAGCCACUCAUGCUGGCCACCAGUAUAGGAGGGAAGUCACAAAGCCCAACCCACACACCUAGUGGCAAAGAUAAUGUUGUUGUGGUGAAUGCAUGUUUCUCUACCCCACGGCUGUGGAUUGGAGGGAAUCCUAGUGUAUCUGUAGAACACAGAGAGGGUAAAAGGGUAGUAGAUUCUCUUUUUGUGAUGAGUCAAACUGGUAUGUUGUCAGAGUACAUCCUGGAACCCCGAGCUAAGGUUGGACUAGACAAGGUAUCAGGAGAUAGCCCUCUCGAGCUGGUUGUCACAGGAUAUACACAGUGGACUUUACAGAGAUCAAAGACAUCAGAUGAUAUAAAGCUCCCCCUUACAAACAAUAACCCACUCAUACUGUCUUGUGAGGCUGUUCUGACUCAACAACCAUCGGCAUUAUGUGAUGAGAUAUCAGCUGUACCCAGACAUGACUCGAAGGAAAGUCUUUCAUCAGAUCAUGGUGUUAAAGACAUGGAUAUAGAAGACCAAUGGUUAUCACAGGUAGAGAUUAUAACACACAUUGGACCGCAUAGAAGACUUUGGAUGGGACCACAAUUUUCCUUCAAGACUUACCAGAAUGUACAGAACACCACUGUCCUGUCAGCUCAGUCCUCAGCCCUAUUAUCACAGACACCUGAAACCAAUGUGCAGGCCAUGGAUGUCAUCAGUGACGAUGUUAAUCUAGAAAGUUUAAAAAUACAGCCUGCUAGAUCAAGUCCAGUGGCUAUGCCUAAUGCUAGACCAGCCUACAGAAGACUAUCAGGGAGUGAUAGUACACCUCCUACAAGUAAAGGAGGACAACAUAUUAGCCCUUUGUUGAUAGAGGCAGGAAGUUUUGACCAGUCUCCUAAUCUGUGUGAUGUGUACAGUAGUUGGGCUGAGUCAACAGUAACCAAACCUCGAGGUAGUGAGGAUGAUGAGGACAGAAUCAGAGAAACACUAGCAGAGGCCAUGUUAGAAUCUCCAGCUAAAGAAUCUGGACCAUCUAGUAUGAUGAAUGAAGUAUUUGAUGGUAGUAACGAAAAUCUAAGUACCAGUUCAAGUUCCAGUACAGGUAUAUCAUUACCAAGGAGUGCUGAACAACAUAUACUAGAUAAUGUUUUUUCCAUGGGCUCCCAGGAUUCAUCAGGUUGAUAAACAAGUCCUGAUACAUUAUUCAUAAACUUAGAAGUUGUCCGACUGCCAACUACAAAAAUCAGACAUUUUGUGAAAGACAUGAAAUGGAACCAUAUCUGAAAAUUUUGAUUUAGAGCCAUACCAAUGUUAUGAACAUCAUUGAAUUAACUUGAUCAUAAUUUGGCUUGAUAAUAAUAACAAUGUUAUUUAAUUUAGCAUUUUAUUUAAUGUCAAGAAUUUAACAACAUCGUUAUUUAAUGUAACAUUUUUAGCAACAUUGUUAUUUAAUGUAGCAUUUUAAAAAUCAUUGUUAUUUGAUGUAACAUUUUUAAACACAUUGUUAUUUAAAGUAACAUUGUCAUUAAGUAUAACUUUGUUAUUAGAUAUAACAUUGUCAUUAAAUAUAACUUUGUUAUUAGAUAUAACAUUGUUAUUAAAUGUGGUAGACCAUUGAAGUCAUUUAUGUUAUGGUUAGAAGGGCAGGGAAUUGACAUUCUAAUUCCCUCUUAUAUUUGUUAAAUUUUAUGUAAUUUCAAGUAGUACAUUGGCAGAACUUUCUUAUUUGCUUGUGAACUUUUGAUGUUGGGCUUUCAGAUGACAAUCUUGUCCUUAUAUUUAUGUUGUACAUGGCCAGUUGAUAAAAAUAGAAGACAGAGAUAAACAAAAGAGUUAUUUGGUAUAUUUUAAGCUGCCAUUACUGGUACUUGCUAUAGAGUUUAAAUUAAUAAUAUCUACAGACUUUCUGGAUUUUUCGUCCAGAUAUUCAGUCCCUUUUCUAGUUGACCAGGCUGACAAUCUCAAAAUAUCCAAAUUUGUUUUCUCACAAGUCUGUUACAGUGUUUAUAUGCUUUAAAUGCUGUAAAAUCCCUUGCAUCAAUUUGCUUCUGAGGAAAACAAAAAAAGCUACAAAAACAAAGAAAAUAACAACACAGAAAACUGGUUAAUCAACCACAUUUUGCACCUGACCAAGUAAGGCUAUCAGGACCAUGUGUUGUCAGCUGUUGUUUGUCUUUGUGUUUGUACAUCCAUUUUCUGGAAGAAGUUGUUUGUUGAUGUGGUCUGUUUUAUAGUCAAAUAUAUUGGUAAAAACCUCACAAAUGAGGAUAACAAAAACUGAAAUACACCGGGAUUUUUUUUGUGUCUUUUCUACAGUGGUAGGAGGAAUCUGUUUUUCUAGGCUGUGCAUCCAUAUUUCCAUUAGUCCAUUUGUCUGUUCAUCUGUAAAUCAAUUGUAUUAGAUCAUUAAAGGUUUAAUGUAGUUACCCAUGAAGUUGUGGUCACAUCAACAUUAAACUUAGUACACAUGUUGAUGAUGAAGUACAAAUAUUAUUUGUUUGAACUAUAUGCCAAAUUAGGGUUUAAACCCAGAUUUUGUAGUUCAUUUAACAUGGAAAUGUCAUAGUGUGAACAGGGAAUGGUGUCAUAUAUAUCUGAUGUAGAUAUUUAAUAUUUAAUUAUUUUACAAAAAAAUGUAUGUUGCCCAAUUCUUUUCAUUGAUAAAUUAUUGGUUUAUUUUUUGGGUUAGUUAAGGAAAAUAAAUACAUCAUACAGUUAAGAGCUCAAUAGACAAAGAGAGAAAAAUUUGAAGCAGAUUUAGAGUAUUUAUAUAUAUAUAUAUAUAUAGAAUACUAAACUAAAUGAUGUUAAUAUGAUCCAAUUCAUUUAUAAAACUUUAAAUUAUUCUUCAAGGGAUACAUUUAUUGGAUAGGUAGCAUUAACCUAUGUAACAUUUUAAAAAAAGCACUUGACUUAAAUAGACCAUUAAUACUCACAGUAUCUCUAAAUAGUACAAAGAAAGGAAUUGUGACUUAAAAUGGUAUAUAUGUUUAUUAUUGUUAAUAAUAUCAAAGAAGAUAGUAUCUUAGCUCAAUGUAAGUGGAGAUAACCCAUAGCCACUGUCAUGCAGUAUUUUUAUAUAAAAAAAAUCUUCCUUUUUUUUUGUGUACCCAAUAUUUUCUGUGAUAAAAUAUACAUAUACAAAGCAUAUUUAUAGUAGUUGGGGAACUUUGCAUUAUUAAUUUGCAUAAAUUUGUUUGUUUCAUACAAAUAUUUUCACUAUAAGAGGUGUACAAAAGUCUAUUAAAAAGAGUUAAAGAAGUAAUAAAUUGCCUGUCAAACAGAUUGUGUGAAUAUUCAGAUUUUUAUUGACUACGCCUCCUUAGAUCAAAUCAUUAUGGUAUUGAAUUUGUUAUAGUGACCGUAUAAUUGACUCCUCACUGACCAUUUGAUAUUUGUGUUCAUUUCAUACGGUCAUUAUUAGACUUGAUACUGGCCAUAACAGACUUUAUAUCUUGUUAAAUAUCAGCUGAUAUGGUCAUCAAUAUGUUAUUUAAUGUGAAAUUUUGUUGUUGGAUACAAAUGAUAGCUUGGUAAUUUUCCUUUUUCGUGUGAAUAUUUGAUGGUUUGAGAUGUUUAUGAGUGCAGUGGGCUGUGUGAAUGGAAACUGAAGUAUGGACAGAUUGCUUAAUUGUGUCGAGUUGUGAAAUUUGAUUGUCUGCAAUGAUUUUAUUUGUUGAGAUAUUAUGAUAUAAAAUUAUUUAUAAAUUAAAUGAUACAUCUUAAA